AUGAAGACUGCCGUUCGGACCACAAUAAAUGUCUCACUUGCACACAGAUUAGUAGUAUCUCCUCUCCAUGACCCUAAUGCAUCAUGUAGUAGUAUAGUAGUAUCUCCUCUCCAUGACCCUAAUACAUCAUGUAUUAAUAUAGUAGUAUCUCCACUCCAUGACCCUAAUACAUCAUGUAGUAAUAUAGUAGUACUACCUCUCCAUGACCCUAAUACAUCAUGUAGUAAUAUAGUAGUACCAUCUCUCCAUGACCCUAAUACAUCAUGUAGUAAUAUAGUAGUACUACCUCUCCAUGACCCUAAUACAUCAUGUAGUAAUAUAGUAGUACUACCUCUCCAUGACCCUAAUACAUCAUGUAGUAAUAUAGUAGUACUACCUCUCCAUGACCCUAAUACAUCAUGUAGUAAUAUAGUAGUACUACCUCUCCAUGACCCUAAUACAUCAUGUAGUAAUAUAGUAGUACUACCUCUCCAUGACCCUAAUACAUCAUGUAGUAAUAUAGUAGUACUACCUCUCCAUGACCCUAAUACAUCAUGUAGUAAUAUAGUAGUACUACCUCUCCAUGACCCUAAUACAUCAUGUAGUAAUAUAGUAGUACUACCUCUCCAUGACCCUAAUACAUCAUGUAGUAAUAUAGUAGUACUACCUCUCCAUGACCCUAAUACAUCAUGUAGUAAUAUAGUAGUACUACCUCUCCAUGACCCUAAUACAUCAUGUAGUAAUAUAGUAGUACUACCUCUCCAUGACCCUAAUACAUCAUGUAGUAAUAUAGUAGUACUACCUCUCCAUGACCCUAAUACAUCAUGUAGUAAUAUAGUAGUACUACCUCUCCAUGACCCUAAUACAUCAUGUAGUAAUAUAGUAGUACUACCUCUCCAUGACCCUAAUACAUCAUGUAGUAAUAUAGUAGUACUACCUCUCCAUGGCCCUAAUACAUCAUGUAGUAAUAUACUAGUACUACCUCUCCAUGGCCCUAAUACAUCAUGUAGUAAUAUAGUAGUACUACCUCUCCAUGGCCCUAAUACAUCAUGUAGUAAUAUAGUAGUACCAUCUCUCCAUGACCCUAAUACAUCAUGUAGUAAUAUAGUAGUACUACCUCUCCAUGACCCUAAUACAUCAUGUAGUAAUAUAGUAGUACUACCUCUCCAUGACCCUAAUACAUCAUGUAGUAAUAUAGUAGUACCAUCUCUCCAUGACCCUAAUACAUCAUGUAGUAAUAUAGUAGUACCAUCUCUCCAUGACCCUAAUACAUCAUGUAGUAAUAUAGUAGUACUACCUCUCCAUGACCCUAAUACAUCAUGUAGUAAUAUAGUAGUACUACCUCUCCAUGACCCUAAUACAUAAUGUAGUAAUCAUCACCUCCUUUUAUUUCUCUGUGAGCGGUAGCAGCUGUCGUCUUGUUUUAUCUCCCUGUGAGCGGUAGCAGCUGUCGUCUUGUUUUAUCUCCCUGUGAGCGGUAGCAGCUGUCGUCUUGUUUUAUCUCCCUGUGAGCGGUAGCAGCUGUCGUCUUGUUUUAUCUCCCUGUGAGCGGUAGCAGCUGUCGUCUUGUUUUAUCUCCCUGUGAGCGGUAGCAGCUGUCGUCUUGUUUUAUCUCCCUGUGAGCGGUAGCAGCUGUCGUCUUGUUUUAUCUCCCUGUGAGCGGUAGCAGCUGUCUUCUGAGGCAGCACCACUUUCUCCAUGCGUCCCAAAUGCCACCCUAUUCCCAAUAUAGUGCACUACUUUUGAACAGGGCCCCCGUCUAAAGUAGUGCACCAUAUACGAUAUAGGGUGCUAUUUGGAUCACUGCCUCUGUCUGCUGAAGUACACACAGGGCUGUGUAAUAGUCCACACUUCAGCUGCAGCAGUCGUCUGGAUCCUAACCUACACGUUCCUGCUCUGUUGCCUGUAAAUAACCUGUGGUGGGUUGUCUUAAAGGGUAUGGGAAAAGGUUUAGGAGCGAGUCAUGCAUGCCCCUUUAAUGAUCAGUCUGCAGUGUUGCAGUGAAGCAACAAAGUUACUGGAUACAGAAGGAAAAGAAGGGAGAUUCAGACUUUUCAGUAGGAAAGUGAAGCAAUAGCAUCAAAUGUAGUUCCACAUGUAGUAAUGUGUAAAUACUGGCAUCCCUCUUCUCCUAGUCUUUUCAGAACAGAAAGUUGUACAACUUUCGUAAAAGGUUGAAAGGUACCGUAGCUGUGUUCUUCCAACUAAAAGGGUUCCUUGAGGGUUAUUUUGUUGGGUAAAAAAAAAAGGUUUUCUGACCCACAGGCACAAGCAAACGAACACUUUAUAUAAUAACAUAAUAGUGGGUUCUUAUAUUUGUCAGAUUUCGCAAAUGUACAAGUGUGUAGUCUUCCCUGUGGCUCAGUUGGUAGAGCAUGGUGUUUGCACCGCCAGCAUGGUGUGAACAACGGCAGGGUUGUGGGUUCGAUUCCCACGGGGGGCCAGUACAAAAAAAAAAAAAUGCAUGAAAUGGUGUGAAAUGUAUGUAUUCACUACUGUAAGUCGCUCUGGGUAAGAGCGUCUGCUAAAUUACUAAAAUGUAUUCAUAUGUUUGUGUGAAUUAGAAAUGUUUUGUUUGUUUGUUGCAUGUACAACCUCUCCCUGAGACGCCCUCGGAGAGUGGGGAGACUGCCAGGGUCUGCCAUUGUCAAUGGCAACCCUUGAGCAAUUAGGGUUAGGCCUAAGUGCCUUUUCUCGAGUGCAUAUCGACAGAUUCUCGGUUACUGGUCUAACGCUCUAACCGCUAGGCUACCUGCCACCUUGAUGGUUCUAGGUAAAACAGGUUGUAUUGAUUUUAAAAGGAGGAUUUAAACUAGACUUCUAUAGGGAAAAGGCCAGUUCUGUACAGACUGUUAGGAUAGGACUAGUUCUGUAGGUUAGGAUGGGACUGGUUCUGUACAGACUGUUAGGAUGGGACUAGUUCUGUACAGACUGUUAGGAUGAGACUGGUUCUGUAGGUUAUGAUGGGACUAGUUCUGUACAGACAGUUAGGAUGGGACUAGUUCUGUAGGUUAGGAUGGGACUGGUUCUGUACAGACUGUUAGGAUGGGACUAGUUCUGUACAGACUGUUAGGAUGGGACUAGUUCUGUAGGUUAGGAUGGGACUGGUUCUGUACAGACUGUUAGGAUGGGACUGGUUCUGUACAGACGGUUAGGAUGGGACUGGUUCUGUAGGUUAGGAUGGGACUAGUUCUGUAGGUUAGGAUGGGACUAGUUCUGUACAGACAGUUAGGAUGGGACUGGUUCUGUACAGACGGUUAGGAUGGGAC